CUGGAGCCAUGAAACCUGUAGUGUUCGCCUGUUCGGUGCGGCUGGUUUCCACAUAAAGGUGGAGAGUGGGCGAGAGGAGGAAGACGACGAUGGCGGUGUAUUCUCUACCUCUCCCUCUCCGCUUCCUUUUCAUGCGAAGCAGCUGCCAACAUCACCUUUUGUCCCUCGCCCUUCCGGCUAGCCUCCUCUUCGUCCACCACCACCACCGUUCUUCUUUUACGCCUCCAACUAUCCUGCGAACUUCUCCUCUCUGCUGCGUAGCCGAUUCCGUAGGUCUAGACGACCACCAUCGUCACCCUUUGCUACCAAUCGGCCCCAUCUCCCCCAGGCAUCUAGAGUGCUCCUUGCUGGGUGAGCGCCGAAAGGUUGCCGUCCUCCUUAGCGGUGGAGUCGAUAGCAGCGUCUCCCUCCGCCUCCUCUGCGCCGCGGGACACUCUUGCACUGCCUUCUACCUCAAAAUAUGGUUCCAGGAAGACUUUGAUAACUUUUGGUCCGCUUGCCCUUGGGAUGAAGAUUUGAAGUAUGCAGAAGCUGUAUGUAAGCAGGUCCAUGUGCCAUUGGAAGUUGUGCAUUUAACAGAUGAAUACUGGAACAAUGUCGUCUCACACAUGAUCUCUGAAUACCGCAGUGGUCGUACUCCCAAUCCUGACGUUCUUUGCAACACCAGGAUAAAAUUUGGUGCUUUUAUGGAUGCAAUUAGCAGUUCUGGAUUUGAUUAUAUUGCCUCUGGACAUUAUGCUCGUGUCAUUCACCCACCAUCACAUUGCCAAAAUGGACCUUCCUUACUUGAACUCUCUGCAGAUAUGGUGAAGGAUCAGACAUAUUUCCUCUCACACCUGUCUCAGUCUCAGCUCAGGCAGCUUCUUUUUCCUCUUGGGUGCAUCUCAAAGGAUGAAGUGCGUAGACUUGCUGCUGAACUGGACCUUCCCAACAAAGACAGAAAAGAUUCACAAGGAAUCUGCUUUCUGGGAAAGUUGAAAUUCAGUGAUUUUGUUGCUAAACACAUCGGGGAGAUGGAAGGUGUUAUAUUGGAAGCAGAAACAGGAGAUUUCCUUGGUAACCACCGAGGUUAUUGGUUCUACACAGUUGGGCAGCGGCAGGGUUUACGGCUUCCUGGAGGACCAUGGUAUGUCGUCGGAAAAGAUGUCAAGAACAAUGUGGUUUUUGUAUCAAGAAAUUACUUUUCGUUUGAUAAAAGAAGGCGCACCUUUCAAGUAGGUUCCCUCAGUUGGAUUAGUGGAUCAAAACCCGAUCAGCUUGAUCAGAUUCAAUGCAAGGUUCGUCAUGGUCCAGACUUCUAUGACUGCAGUGUGGAGAUGCAGGUAAGCGAUGACGACCAAGACGAGGUUGCUACAGUUCACAUUUCCAAGGACGACCAAGGUCUAGCUGCUGGCCAGUUUGCUGCUUUCUAUAGGGGAAGAACCUGCAUCGGCUCAGGUAUAAUUUUAGAUUCGUGGGAUGACAACCGCUCCCCAGUAUGCUCAAAAGCUCUUGAAAGAGCAAAACUCAAGGACAAAUCGCUGCUGGGUAAGCCCGUUAAGAUUAUGGUUCAGCCCCACACUUCACAAGGAGAAUCAUCCAAUUCCUCACCUGAUGCCAAGUCUGAGCCAAGAGAUUCCAAUAUUUCCCUGUCAGAUGACAUUAGGCAGAAGCCGGAAGAAGCUAAAGGUGUGCUUUAGUUUUGGUUUCAGUUUCAAUAUCUAAAAUAACAAUUUUAAAAAGAAAAGGAAAAUACAUGUUUAACAAGAGAGUAAGGCCCUGUUUGAUUGCAAGGAAGAAUUUAACGUGGCAAAUUUACCACUGUAAAUUUUUCUGGAAAAAAAUACAUGAUGAAAUUUUACCCUCUUCUGAUUUGAGGCUUUGUUUAAUUGCAGUGAAGUAUUUUGUACAGUAAAA